UUCCUUUAUUCCGUCAAUGGGGUGCUACGGGUUUAUUACUAGAAUAUGAAGAUAUGUUUCCAUACCAAAAUGACCUCAAAGAAUUGGCUGCCAAACAUGCAUACAGCAAAGAUGAUAUACAAAGAAUACAACAAUUGGCAGAACAAAAUAACUUGGAAGUAAUUCCUUUGGUUCAAACAUUUGGUCAUUUUGAGAUGUUUUAGACACAGUAAAACUGAUGAUUGACCAAAUUCUCUCAUUGCAUCCUCGCAGUCACCGUUUCCAUAUUGGAGCCGAUGAGGUUUAUCACAUAGGGUUCUGUGAGCGGUGCAAGAAGACAAUGGCUUCAGAGAACUUAACAAACCAACAGAUGUUCUUUGUUCAUAUUGAGAAAGUUGUGAAAUAUGUGAAAUUGUGUAAUAUGUGUAAAUGCAAUCAUCUGACUGUUCUCAUGUGGGAUGAUAUGAGGUUUUGUGAACUGGCUCUUCUUAAAGAAUCUAAACUAGGUGAUCUUGUGGAACCAAUGGUAUGGCACUAUGUAACACAAUUCGUCCUACCUAAUGAUAUUUGGGACCGUUAUUCCAAAGUAUUUCCAAACAUUUGGUUCGCAAGUUCUUUCAAAGGUGCUACCAGUUCUUCUGCCUACUUGACGAAUAUUAUGUAUCAUGCCGAAAUAGCUUGUGAUAUUGCUUUGAUUCCUGAAAACAAGCAAUAUUCUUUCUCAAUAAGUGAACGUUUUCAAGUGUGCAGAGCAGUCGAUAUGGCCGAUAAAGUUAAUCUUCUAACAGCUGUCCUAUGUUACAUGGACAAUCACGGUAUUCUAAAUACUGUGAAGAACGUUUGCAAGGAAUAUGAGCAAAUGGGAAAUUGUACAUUUUAUUCGUUCGUCGUUGAAAUUGAUUCUAUAGAAUUUCUUAAUGAAAACCCAUUUCUUGGAAAUCUGCUUUUGAAUUCUCCUCGUGAAGCUACGCUGCUAUUUCAAGAGAUUUUAUAUUAUUAUAUUACACUUAUUAAGCUUCUUAGUGAAGACAUAAAACUUAAUCAAAUUUCAGUUGUAAUACGUUUGAUAUCUAUUCCUAAUAUUGCUGGUGUUUACGUCAUAAGAACAUUCUGUGACCUUCUUGCAAUGCCUGCGAAAAACCGAAUGAUAACUUUGCAGGGUGUCGUUAUGGGAAUGACGGCUUUGUCAAAGUAUACCCACCACACCAUAUAUGCAUGUCCAAUCACAGAAUGCCCUGGAUCUUCCAGUAAAGAAUACAUAAGAACGCAUAUUCCUGGUGCCACAGAAGCUGAGAUAAUUCGGAACAAUUUUUGCUGCUUUUAUUGUGGGUCGAUUUUAGAGGAAGUAAAACCAUGUCGAUAUUUAGCUGAUAAGAUUAUUGCUGAAGUCAUUCCUUCCUGGGCAUUUAUGGACUCUAAAAGUUUCCGGCAUCAAGCCAUUCUUGUCUACAUCAGAGGAGACUUAAUCAAAAAAGUUGGUCUGGGAAAAGAACAUCAGUUUUUUGGGAUUGUCAGACGUGAUUACCAAGACAGUGAAAUAUUAGUUACCAUUGAGGCAAAUAACAUUACAAACAUUCCUUAUGACCUUUUUGCUCGUCAUUUUAAAUGCUUACCAAACAGUCUUUGGGACAUAUUUCAAAAUACAUCAGAAACACCAUGGAGGUUUGCUUCUAGUCUGGCAUUUUACUUUGCUGAUAAAAUUGUACCUCCAGGAAGUUUCUGGGUGUUAAAAUUAGCCAUUCUUUUAAACCUUGUAUGCAGUGGAAAUGAGAACACUGAUCCUUUACAUCUUCUUGUAAUUGGGGAAGAAAGCCACAUUAUAUCCAAAAUCUUGCUCUACUCUCUGAGGUUUUGUCCCCGAGCCAUCAGACAUACUGCCAAUAAUUAUUUAACAGGCAAGGUAACUGCCGAUACAUAUUGUAGCGCACCAUAUUUUGUGGAAGCUGGGUCUUUAUUAUUAGCAUCGAAUGGAGUAUGUUAUCUCGGAGAUGUUUCACAAUGUACGAAAAAUACAACUGAAAGAUUGACAUCAAUCUUGAUCGAAAAGAAAAUUAAACUUGAAGUGGGGUCAAAGUUUACCGAAGGCCUCCCACACCUCAUUGAAUACCCAUUAAAAUGCAGAAUUUGGGCUUUUGACUCAACAAACUGUAAAAUCACUGAAAAAGGUGAUGAUCUUUUAUCAAAGAGCAAUUUUGUAAGUAGAUUAGGUUAUCUGAUGGACGCUUUUAACUUUAUUGUUUUCACCAGUCCUCAUGAGAAUUAUAACAUCAUGAACCACAUUUUUGAAAGUUAUUUUGAUGACGAUCACACUGCAUCUAUUUUAGAUUCUGAUCUCCUUCAGCUUUUAACCAAUUUACGAGCACAAGAAGUCAGUCUGACUGACAAAAGCGAACACAUUUUGAAGACUUACUAUAUCGCUUCUCGAAGAGCCCGGAGCAUUUCCAUGGAUUCUUCCCUGGUUCCAGUGUCAGCUUUGCAAGUUCUUGCUCAGAUUACUCAGAGUUUUGCUAAACUGAGUCUCCGACACAAAGCUACUGUGCCUGAUGCCAUUAUGGCAAUACGACUCUAUGAAGAGGCAUUAAUGAUGAGAUUUGGAAUGUCAGUAUUUGAUGUCCAUCUCUCUCAGCAAAAUGACAGUAACGAUAUCAACACGUUUCUCCAGUCUAAUGAUGCAGCCAUGAUGAACUUCUUUGCACAGUUUAAACAAUGUUGUACCAGCUUCUCUUAAAAACUAAUCACAAACUUAUACAAGCUAUUUUUUUAUUGGUGCUUUUUGAGUGAAUACCAAGAUAUUUGCUUAGUACAUAACUUUCACACUUGGUACAUAGUACCUCAUUGUUACAUAGUUUGUUUUUUGCUGUUUUAUACUUACACACUUUUCUUAUAUUCCUCAUCAUUUUGUAUCCUCACUGUUUCAUACACUUAAUAGCCUCCUGACAUAGUACCAGACACACACACACAUAGUGCCCAUAAAUUACCUUUACAAUUUGAUACAAUAAAUAGUGGAAGUUGUAAAGAUUUGUGAACACUCUGUAUGAUAUGCAUAGGCACAUGCGCGCGCACACACACACACACACACAUGCACACAAAACAGCUUCCUUUCAUAUAUAUAUAAUUUAAACAAAUAUGAACUCAGGGUAGUCAGUGGCAUGUAUUUGAAUGGCAUAGAGAAAUACAGGUAUAUCAAAUACCAUACAACAUAAAUUCUUGAUUUAUUGAAGUUCUCUGACUCUAAAGAGUGUAUCAUGAUUACCAAAUAGCAAUGAAGACUCCUGUUGAGGAAGGGAGAUAAUCAUAAAAAUCAAGAAUUUCUCCAAAAGAGAAAGACAGACUUUACUGUCUAGUUUUAAAUAAAGAAUUAUUUAGUAAAAUAACUUUCUCAUUAUUAAGCUACUGUUUGGAACAUAAAAUUAACAUGAA